CCGUUUUACAAUCGUGCUCGUCAACGACGUGAAAAUUCCAGCGAGCCGCGACGCCGUCGUCGCCGCCGUUCAAUCCUCCCUGGGCGUCCGAGAAACGCGCCGUCAGCCCAGCCGCCAAGGUGUGUGCGCGGCGUCGUCCGCUCUGCGUGCGCCAGUCGCCAUCGGCCGCCUCGAGUGGUGUGGCGUGUAUUGAUCAGCGCGGUGGCCCCCCCAUCUAUUUUCAGCCCUAGGUACUUACGGCAUCACGGCGCACACCACGGAGAGCGGAGCGGAAUAGCGUGCGCGUCGUGCGAAAUCUCUGGCUGCGAGUGCCGAAAGUGUGCGAGGAGGCCGUGUGUCCAGCCCGUGUCGAGUGGUUUGCGCGUCGUGCCGAGGAAAGGAGCAGCGCGGUGACCACCAGCCACAGCCACCACAACGAGAAAGAAGAGACAAGCGACAAGGGGGGUCACGCCGCACCGCAGUAGCAACCAACCGCCGAGACGCUCCCCCGGCUGCGGGCCGCACGCGCGCGGUAAUGGUGUCCGGCUAGAUGGCGGCUUGUGACCAGCUGAUGGCGGCCGAGAAAUUGUGCGGUGCGGUGCGCCAGCCGUCGCCAGCUUGAGCCCCGGCCCCCGCCUAGUCGUCCUCUACGUGCGUUGAGUGUGCGCGCGCGACGUGUGUGCAUCGUCUUCGUGCGGGUUUCCUCUGGGCGUGCACCACGUCCAGGAUGCCGAUCUGACCCCCGCGCCCAUUGUGCAAUCUGUAAACAAAAACAAGCGCUGCCCGUCCGCCCGCCACCACCGAAACUACCGAGCGGCGGCUCACGGCUGCAUCGCGCUUAUCACCAAAACCAAAACAACAACACGACCUCACGUUUUUACGUCUACGCCGCCGCCGCCGUCGUCGUCGACGUUUUAUUAUUUCCAGCACAGCGAACGCCCACUCGCGUGCGAACGCCUGCGUGCAGGGUCGGAUCAGUCGUCGUGACUAACUUUGUGCCGGGUGGAUAACAGCGUGCGUGGACCAUGUCGACGACGUUCGUCGACCGCAUCGAUCCGUUCGCCAAGCGAUCGCUCAAGAAGAAGACGAAGAAGUCGCAGGGCAGCUCGCGGUACCGGAACUCGCAGGAUGUCGAGCUGCAGCCGCUGCCGCCCUUCAAAGAUGUAUCGACGUCAGAGCAGGAGGACCUCUUUAUCCGCAAGCUGCGGCAAUGCUGCGUGCCGUUUGAUUUUAUGGACCCGGUGGCCGACCUCAAAGGCAAAGAGGUCAAGCGUUGUACGCUCAAUGAGCUUGUCGACUACAUCACUGGCGGCCGAGGUGUACUCACCGAAGCAGUCUAUCCAGAAAUUAUUAAAAUGAUAUCGGCAAAUUUGUUCCGGACACUGCCGCCGAGCGAGAAUCCCGACUUUGACCCGGAGGAGGACGACCCGACCCUGGAGGCGAGCUGGCCGCACCUGAAUCUGGUGUACGAGUUCUUCCUGCGCUUCCUCGAGAGCAGCGACUUUCAGCCGACGAUCGGCAAGCGCGUGAUUGACCAGAAGUUUGUGCUGCAGCUGCUGGAGCUCUUCGACUCGGAGGAUCCGCGCGAGCGCGACUUCCUCAAGACGGUGCUGCAUCGCAUCUACGGCAAGUUCCUCGGGCUGCGCGCCUUUAUCCGCAAGCAGAUCAACAACAUCUUCCUGCGGUUCGUCUACGAGACGGAGCACUUUAACGGCGUCGGCGAGCUGCUCGAGAUACUCGGCUCGAUUAUCAACGGCUUUGCGCUGCCGCUGAAGGCCGAGCACAAGCAGUUCCUCGUCAAGGUGCUCAUUCCCUUGCACAAGGUGAAGUGCCUAUCGUUAUAUCAUGCGCAGUUGGCUUAUUGCGUGGUGCAAUUCCUCGAAAAGGAUCCCACGUUAACGGAGCCAGUGGUGCGCGGCUUGCUCAGAUUCUGGCCGAAGACGUGUAGCCAAAAGGAGGUGAUGUUCCUCGGCGAGAUCGAGGAGGUGCUCGACGUCAUUGAGCCGUCGCAGUUUACGCGUAUUCAGGAGCCGCUCUUUAGGCAGAUUGCUCGCUGUGUUUCGAGUCCACAUUUUCAAGUCGCUGAACGUGCGUUGUAUUUCUGGAAUAACGAAUACAUCAUGUCGCUGAUGGAGGAGAACAAUCACGUGAUAAUGCCGAUCAUGUUCCCGGCGUUGUACCGCAUCUCGAAGGAGCACUGGAAUCCCACGAUCGUCGCGCUCGUCUACAACGUGCUCAAGACGUUCAUGGAGAUGAACUCGAAGCUCUUCGAUGAGCUGACGGCCAGUUAUAAAGCCGAACGACAAAAAGAAAAGAAGCGGGAAAAAGAGCGAGACGAACUGUGGAAGCGCCUCGGCGAGCUGGAAAUCACUCACAACAAGAAGAUGAUAGCGCAAAACAGUUGUCCGCCAUUAAAGAAGUGAUAUCCCUCCAAUCGCGCACCCCAUCCUCGCCAACAACAAGCAGCUGCAGUAAUCGUGUAAGUAAUAUUUACCGCAAUCAACCAAAUAAACGAGAUGCGCGCGGGAGCAGCGAUCUGCGAAGCAACCGAGCGACCUACCCACCACCACCAACAACCACCAGCCACCGACCGACCGACCGACUACAACAACAACAACCACAUCAACCAAUCAGCAAUCACAAAUAUUUACCAACACAAACGAGCGGCAGCGCAAGAAACUCGUGUAUCUGUGUGUGCAUGUGUGUGUUAGCAUACUAAAUAUUACAAGACUUAACGCGCCACCAUCACCAGCAAAACAGCAGGUGCGCAUGAUACGCCGACGACGAAGCGGAGCGUGAUCUACCUGCACGUGCCGGCAUGGCGGCUCGGGGGGUACACCUUGCGCUCCCAUGUAUUAAAUUUACAUAAAAAAAUAUAUAAAUAUAUAUAACAGAAUAUAUAACACACAAAACUCAUAGGAAUUUAACAGGUUUUCUAACGUGUGUUGUGCAAAAGCGAGUUUAAGUUUUCGUGUGUGCGGAGUGGGGGGUAGGAUGAUGAUAUUUACGAGAGUCUUGCAUGUUGCAACCAAGCCAAAACUGACAACACACACGCUCACACACAACACACACACUGAUACAACACAAACACUUUUUGAUAGCCCCUUUGAAACAUUUAAACGUAAGAGCCACUCUUGUCACAUGGUGUAAUAAGUAAGCUAGUUGAUGCGCACGCACUCGGCGAGACAUGUGUGCGAAAAAUGUGUGUCUUUCUUUCUGUUGCGAGUACUUUUGUACGAAUUUGCUAGCAAUGAAACAUGAAACAAACAAAUACAACAGUGUCGUAUGUCGUCGUAACAUAUUAAGUUUAUCACGUUUUCGCAAUUUAUGUAAAACUAAUGAGAAAGUUGUGUCUGUAUGCAGUGAUGAUGAGGAGGGGGGGGGGGAGAAAAAGCAAGAUGGGGGUGGUGUAUUGACGUGCAACAAGUGUAGCUGCGCAUGCGCCUGCGUUUGGAUGUGUUGAUGACGAAACAAAAGAGCAAAAACCGACUAUGUUAUAUUAUACACUAAAAUAACUAAUUAAUGAAGAAUGUGCUAUAUAGUUAAUUGGUCAUCUGUAUAUAGGAAUCUAAAUAUUAACUAUAUCUAUUAUUAUCAUUACGACUAUACAUAUAAUUAUUAUUACUUAUAAAAAGAAAAACAAAUGAGAUAAACAUGGAUGACGAUCUGUCGGAGCAAUUAUGACAUUUGACAGGCCGGACAGAUGGCGCGGAAGAUUUUAAAUUUACUAGACACACGAGAUGAAUAAUAAUUGUAAGUAAAGCAAACGAGAUAAAGAAACAAAACGUGGUGCAUACCUUGUUAGAAAUAUUGUUGUGGUGGUUAUGUUUUUGAUGGACUCGACAAACAAACAAAUGAAAAAAAAAAACACUUACGUGUUGCAUGUUUUGUGUUCGGGUUGAGUUUCGUUUCUUGUGCGGGCCAACAACUCAGCCAUUUUGAGUUCACGCAGCGCGCGCAAUCAGUUGUUAAUUGUGUAUCGGAGGAAAAAUACUAAUUUAUUGCUUUUUGUGUUGUGCGCACUCGAUACAUGACACACACACACGGCGAAAUGUUGGACACAACACACACACAUACACACUUCAAAAAAAUACUUUUACGUUUGCGAUGAUUUGAUAUCAAUCUUUCGUUACAUUUGUACAUUUUGCUCUGGAUUGAUUUUCUUUCUAUGGGCGCAAGUAAUCACUCUUAAAUUGAUGGAAAGAAGGAAAAAAUAUUAUUACUUUGUGGCUGUUUUUAACUUUAACUUUGUAAUUAAAUUUAUUUACCUUUUAUUAUAUAUACAAAUCUAUAACAUAAUUAAGCUAAUCAUAGAGUUAAUUUUAAGGCAAGCAAAAACACACACACACUUUAUAUUCUCUUAUGUGGGCGUUGUUUUCUUUUGAUUUUUAUCAACUCUCUAGUUUUCUUUCGGUUCGUUUUUUUUUUAUUUGAUUUUAUUCGAAAUUCUGUUUGAAUAAUGUGCGACUUGUGACUGUUUGGAUCGGCGGAUUAUUAUUGAUAAACAAAGAUACAAAACUAUGAUAACAAAAAACAAAACAAAAAAAAACAUGAGAACAUGAUAAAUAAAAAUAAAGUAGGAAUGAAAAUUGAAA